AACCAUCCACUCUCUAUAAGUAAUUAAAGCUCUGAUCUGCCUUUUCUCCCAUUCCAAUUUCAACCCUCAAACCUCUUCUUUCACUCUUCUCUGAGCUUUUGCUUCCAGUGCAACAAUGGCGGGCGAAACCCCAGCUGAGGAAACUACUGCAGAGAGGAGAGUGAAAGUGUUGAGGAAAAGCAACGUGAAACCCGGGAAGCCACUGGGGAGAAAAGAGUGCCAGUUGGUCACCUUUGAUCUGCCGUACUUGGCCUUCUUUUACAACCAGAAGUUGCUGGUUUACGGCGGCGCCGGCGCCGGAGAGUUUGAGGAGGCGGUGGAGAAGCUGAAGGAUGGGCUGGCGGUUGUGCUGGAGGAGUUUUACCAGCUGGCCGGGAAGCUGGGGAAAGAUGAGGACGGGGUGUUUAGAGUGGAGUACGACGACGACAUGGACGGCGUCGAGGUGGCGGUGGCGGCGGCGGAUGCGGUGGCGGUGGCUGACCUCAUUAAUGAAGAAGGAACCGCCGUGUUCAAGGAGCUCAUCCCUUACACCCAAAUCUUGAACUUGGAGGGGCUUCACCGCCCACUCCUCUCUGUGCAGCUCACAAAACUUAAAGAUGGAGUUGCAAUUGGAUUAGCAUUUAAUCAUGCGGUGUUGGAUGGGAUGUCCACGUGGCACUUCAUGAGUUCGUGGGCUGAGAUUUGUCGUGGGGCCAACUCCAUCUCGGUCCCACCAUUCCUCGACCGCACCAAAUCUCGGAACACCAAAGUGAAGCUCAACCUCUCCAAGCCAUCGGACGCACCGGAGCACGCCAAGUCAGCAGUCAACGGCGACCCCACAGAUGCCAAACCGGGCCCACAGCUCCGGGAAAAAGUCUUCAAGUUCUCCGACUCAGCAAUCGACAAGAUCAAGGCUAACGUCAACGCUAACGCAUCCGACGGCUCCAAACCGUUCUCCACCUUCCAGUCGCUCUCCACGCACGUAUGGCACGCGGUCACACGCGCCCGCCAGCUCAAGCCCGAGGACUACACCGUCUUCACGGUGUUCGCCGACUGCCGGAAGCGCGUGGACCCCCCGAUGCCGGAGAGCUACUUCGGGAACCUGAUCCAGGCCAUCUUCACCGUCACCGCCGCCGGGCUACUCCUCGCCAACCCGCCGGAGUUCGCGGCGGCGCUCAUACAGAAAGCCAUCGACUCCCACGACGCCAAGGCCAUCGAUGCACGCAACAAGGAGUGGGAGAGCAACCCUAAGAUCUUCGAAUUCAAGGACGCCGGCAUGAACUGCGUCGCCGUCGGAAGUUCGCCGCGGUUUAAGGUGUACGAGGUUGACUUCGGCUUCGGGAAGCCGGAGAGUGUUCGGAGCGGAUCGAACAAUAGAUUCGAUGGGAUGCUGUACUUGUAUCAAGGGAAAAAUGGAGGGAGAAGCAUUGACGUGGAGAUCACGUUGGAGGCUGGCGCCAUGGAUAAGCUGGAGAAGGAUAAAGAGUUCUUGAUGAUCAUGGAUUCUUAAAUCUUCAUAAUAUCAUUCUGAUUUGAAUUCUUAAUUAAGGUUAUUUGCUUAUUGCAUUAUUGUGCUUCGAUUAACUCUGUUUAUGUUGUUACUAUGGAUGUUGUAUGAUGUUACUAUACAACUUUUGAGAUAAUAUUAUAUUGUUAGUUUUGUAUAAUUUGUUUUAAA